GUCUAUCCCCCGCUUUUUUACCCUAUCUUGCGCUUAAACCUGCAACGUCUCCCUUAUUCUCGCCCACCACGUGUCUGGCCCCCUCUGGUCAGUCAGCAAACGGCAGCAAAUGAAUCCUAUGCGUUACUAAUGUUGUCUUGGCCAGGCUGGCUGUCCUACCAGGCUGUGAAGGUCCUGUGCAUCGCAAACAGACCGUAUAAAGUGCGGGGUUGAGUUCCGGGUCGGAUGAUUUCCCCCUCCUCGCAUUUUAAUCCCUUGAAUUCUGCAUUUCUCUACAGUAUCAUUCCUCCUCAACUUCUUGAAUCUCCCGCAUCACACCCUCUUCAUUGAAAGCUGAACAGCCUCUUCUUCAUACACACCUAAUACUUGUCCAUCCCACUACCAUCAUGGGCGAGUCCAAGUGUCCCUUCAAGGCUCAAGCCAAUGUGGCGGGUGGGGGUACUCGUAACACCGACUGGUGGUCUCAACAACUGAAGCUCAACAUCCUGCGCCAACACACCACCGCUUCCACUCCUCUGCAGGCUGACUUCGACUAUGCCGCUGCGUUUCAGAGUCUGGACUACUUUGCUCUCAAGAAAGACCUGCAUGCCCUCAUGACCGACUCGCAGGAAUGGUGGCCCGCCGACUUUGGUCACUAUGGCGGCCUCUUUAUCCGCAUGGCCUGGCACAGUGCUGGUACCUAUCGCGUGUUCGAUGGCCGUGGCGGAGGAGGCCAGGGCCAGCAACGGUUUGCUCCGCUCAACAGCUGGCCCGAUAAUGUGAGUUUGGACAAGGCUCGCCGGCUCUUGUGGCCCAUCAAGCAGAAAUACGGCGACAAGAUUUCCUGGGCCGACCUGCUGCUGCUGACUGGCAACGUUGCCCUCGAGUCCAUGGGCUUUAAGACCUUUGGCUUCUCCGGGGGUCGUCCGGAUACCUUCGAGGCCGAUGAGUCGAUCUACUGGGGUGGAGAGACAACUUGGCUGGGCAACGAUGUCCGCUACUCUGAUGGCAACCCCGGAGUGGCAGCCCCCGGCGUGGUCGACAGCGAUCAAGCAACCCACCGUGACAUUCACAAGCGAGACUUGGAGAAGCCUUUGGCCUCUGCGCACAUGGGCCUGAUUUAUGUCAACCCCGAAGGGCCCGAUGGCAACCCCGACCCGGUGGCUGCCGCCCGGGACAUUCGGGUGACCUUCAGUCGCAUGGGAAUGAAUGACGAAGAGACGGUGGCUCUGAUCGCCGGCGGCCACAGCUUUGGCAAGACUCACGGCGCUGCGCCUUCCAGUAAUGUGGAAGCAGAGCCUGAAGGGGCUGACCUUGAGACUCAGGGACUCGGCUGGAAAAAUAACUACCAGUCCGGCAAAGGGCCCGACACCAUCACCAGUGGUCUGGAGGUGAUUUGGACCAAGACACCGACUAAGUGGAGCAACAAUUACCUCGAGUAUCUCUUCCGUUAUGAAUGGGAGCUCACCAAGAGUCCCGCAGGAGCUCACCAGUGGGUCGCCAAGGACUCCGAGGCCAUUAUCCCUGACGCUUAUGACGCCUCCAAGCGCCACCGGCCCACGAUGCUCACCACGGAUCUCUCGCUGCGCUUUGAUCCCACCUACGAGAAGAUCUCGCGACGUUUCCUCGAGAACCCCGACCAGCUAGCUGAUGCCUUCUCCCGCGCAUGGUUCAAGCUGCUCCAUCGUGACAUGGGUCCUCGUUCGCGAUACAUUGGACCCGAGGCACCGACCGAAGAGCUGAUCUGGCAAGACCCCAUUCCCGCCGUUGAUCAUCCUUUGGUGGAUGCUACAGAUAUUGCCUCCCUCAAGCGCACCAUCUUGGCGAGCGGCGUUGACCGGGCCAAAUUCGUGUCGACGGCGUGGGCCUCGGCCUCGACCUUCCGAGCCAGCGAUAAGCGCGGGGGCGCCAAUGGAGCUCGUAUUCGUCUGCAGCCUCAACGGGAUUGGGAGGUGAACCGACAGCCCGGGCUCCAGGAGACCCUGGCUGCGCUUGAAUCCAUUCAGAAGAAAUUUAAUGACUCUGCCGCAAAUGGCAAGAAGGUCUCUUUGGCUGAUCUGAUUGUGCUAGCCGGCAGUGCCGCCGUUGAACAGGCGGCUCGCGACGCCGGCCAUGCCAUCGAAGUGCCCUUCAUCCCUGGUCGGGCCGACGCGUCGCAGGAACAGACGGACACGCAAUCCUUCAGCCAUCUGGAGCCUGUGGCUGAUGGCUUCCGUAAUUAUGGUCGCUCGACGCCGCGAGUCCGCACGGAGCAAUUCCUCGUCGACCGGGCUCAACUUCUCAGCCUGUCUGCCCCCGAGCUGACCGCUCUGGUGGGUGGCCUUCGCGUGCUGAAUGCGAAUUACGAUGGAUCAGCCCACGGUGUCUUUACCUCUCGUCCGGGACAGUUGACGAAUGACUUCUUUGUCAAUCUGUUGGAUAUGAAUACAGCCUGGAAGGCAACCGAUAACAGCCGAGAGUUAUACGAGGGAACCGAUCGUCGGACCGGACAAAAGAAGUGGACGGCGACGCGCGCCGAUCUCGUCUUUGGGUCGCAUGCUGAGUUGCGAGCCAUUGCGGAAGUCUACGGCAGUGUCGAUGGUCCAGCUCGUCUAGUCAAGGACUUCGUGGCUGCCUGGGACAAGGUCAUGAAUCUGGAUCGGUUUGACCUCAAGAAGCAGACUCUAGUGUCUUCCCGUUUGUAGUCUCUCCCACAGAUAGCUUUUGUCUCUCAGUUUACAUGCAAUGAGAAUUAUGUUUUCGAAUCCAUCCCGUGCUUCGCUGCCACCAGAGUCCACAGGCCUCGCCGGAUGAAUCUGACUUGUCUUUAGAUGUUGAGGUGGUUAUACAGAACACGCAUGAGCCGCCAUCGGGACAUGACGCUGUUUCAGUGAAAGGGCCGCGGCGGCGCGUUACGAUGGGCAAUAGUGCGAACAGGCCGUAUUUCCAUGCGGAUCUUACCGGGGCGUUGGCGGCCGUGACCAAGAGCUUGCAUGAGGAAGCGCAGACGAGAAUUGAGUGUUAGUCAGAGUCUCAGAUGACGGUACAAUGAACGGAGCAUUCCGAGGAGGUUUUACACGAAUUGUGCAUACGCAAAUGCUUCCAAGCUAGGUUGGUGUUCGGCUGAGG